AUGUUUAAUAAAAGUAUAGAAACGACAUAUGCAACUUUAAUCAAUAAGGAUAGAAAUGGAAUAUGCCAUAAUUGUACUAAUGAUGCUAAAUACACUUGUCCAGCAUGUCUAGUAAAGUCAUGUUGUUUAUCUUGUGUAAAAGCUCAUAAGAAAUUAUCUGGGUGCAAUGGAGAUCGUAUCAAAACAUUAACAAGUAAAUUAAUACCUAGAAGUCAAUAUAAUGAAAAUGAAUUAUGGACUGAUUUUAAGUUUCUGGAAGAUACACGUAGAGUAAUAGAUGCAGCUGUGAGAAAUUUACAUAGAGAUAAUGUAAUUUACCCAAGUACAGUAAAAAAAGAUUCAUUGAUUAAGGUAAUAAAAGAUAGUAAUAAACGUGAUAGAACUAGUCCAAUGCCACUUUUAAAAAAAGCUUGUUUAGAUAGAAAAAUAAAAAUUGAAUUUUGCCCAGUUAAAGAUAUGUAUAUUAGAAAAACAAAUACAACAUAUUACAACAAGCAUUUAAAUAUAAUAUACUGGAAAAUUGAAUGUAUAUUUCAAAGUAAAGAUAGUAUAUUAAUUAGUGGAAAUUUCUCUGAAAAGGAUAUGUUAGGAAAUAUAAUAUUAGAUUUAUAUAAAUCUGAAUAUCCACAACUGUUAAAUAAAUUGAAUAUAAAAGAAGAGAGUGAAUUAAUCAAUAUGAUUGAAAAUGAUAAAGUUGAAGUUUUCCUUUCAUCUUUCAAGUCAUCUGUAAAACCUUUUAAAAUGAAUUUAAAUUUUACUUUAGGUGAGAAUUUGUCAGAUCAAACUAUUGUUGAAUAUCCUCGUUUAAAAAUAAUAUUAAGUAAUAAAGAGGAACAUUAA